AUGGCAAACAACAUAGAAUUGACCGAUAUACCAAGUGAUGCUGAAUCAAUUGAUGGUCUUUGUGAUUCCGAUAACGAAGAUGAGCACGAUGGUAGCACUGACACUCGUGAAUGUAAUUUGAUUUUAGAAAUGGAAUCCUCUAAUAACAUUGAUACAAUAGAUUCAUCAGAUGACGAAGCGUUUGAACAAACUGUAACAAACGAAAAAUGGACAAAAAGUAGGAAAUCGCUUGAAAAUAUUCCAUUUGCCGAAGAUGUUGGACCUUACAUUCCUGACGACAUAAAAUCGCCAAAAGAGAUAUUUCUUCAUCUUUUUACCCAUGAUCUUUUAUGUUUGAUAGUUGAACAAACAAAUGUCUAUCUAAAGCAAAAUAAAUUGGAACAAGAAAUAUCAAAAGAAGAAUUACUCAUUUUUCUAGGCGUAAAUAUUCUUAUGGGAAUUAAAAAAUUACCUUCCUAUCGUGAUUUUUGGUCAUCUGAUGUAAAAUUGAAUGAUCCUUUUAUAUCAUCAUUGAUGACAGUGAAUCGUUUUGGAUUCUUUCUUAGCAAUAUACACAUUGCUGAUAAUACUAAACAACCAAAAAAGAAUUGCUGGAAACCAAAUAAAUAUUUGUCGGUGGACGAAUCAAUGAUAAAAUUCAAAGAUCGCAGUAGCUUGAAGCAGUACAUGCCAGCAAAACCAAUCAAACGUGGAUAUAAAUGUUGGGUUCUGGCCGAUGAAUCUAGUUUUGUUUGCAAAUUUCAACUUUACACUGGAAAAACAGAAAGCACCGAAAAGCAAUUAGGAGCUCGAGUCGUAAAAGAUCUUACGCGGCAUUUAGUCGGGAAAGGAUAUCAUGUGUAUUUCGACAAUUUUUUUACUGGCAUGGAUCUAAUGAUUUCAUUGAAAAAGGACAUAAUUCUUGCGUGUGGAACCGUACGUUCCAAUCGUACAAGACUACCCAAAAGUGACAUGCAAGAUAAAAAAAUGACUCAUGGACAACAUGACUAUAAAACGUCCAACACGAAUAUCCGUUGGAUAAAAUGGAUGGACAAAAAACCAGUGCACUUUUUAUCAAAUUAUCAUGACCCUUGCGAAAUGACAACGGUUAGCCGCAAGCAGAAAGAUGGAUCGCUGAAAUUUGUGGAUUGCCCAGUUAUGUGUAGUGAUUAUAAUAAACAUAUGGGCUAUGUGGACAACGCUGAUCGUUUGUUAUCAACGUAUAAAAUCGAUCGGAAAUCUAGAAAAUGGUGGCUUAGAUUAUCUCUUGUGAAUGAAUUAGUUGGUUAUAAAAUACCAACUACAAAAGGAAGAAAACGCCAAUGCGUGGUUAUUGGGCCCCAUAAACCUCAGUGUCUAUUCGAGCCGAACGCGACUCAAAAGUUUUUCUCUCUAGGCGUUGUCGCUUAUCCGUACCAAAUCACAAUAAAUCUGGGCAACAGCCCUUAA